UUCUGCUCUGUUCGACCUCUUAAAUGCUUUAAAUGACAAAUGAGAGAUUUUCCUGCAGAAAAACUGAUGUUUAGCUCUGCGACCUCAGUGUGAUGCUAACUCGUCACACGGAUUUACCACAACUUCAGGCCUCCCGACUUUUACUCUGAAAAGCGGGUUCCGGAGGCGUCGUUGCGGUGGCCGUAGCUUGACGCUAACGGGCGGGGAAGAUGUCGGCUGGUGUCGGCGUGUUAAGAAGCCGCCUGUCGGCCCUUUGUCCGGUCGGUUUCGCGUCUCUGCUCCGGAGGAACCAUCCGGUGAGACGUCCCCCGGGCGGACGGCGGAUGUCACGCGCACAAACAGGGGGAAACCUUCGACCACUGGAGGGCGUCAGAGUCUUAGACUUGUCAAGAGUUCUGGCCGGUCCCUUCGCCACCAUGAUCCUGGGCGACCUGGGAGCUGAAGUCCUCAAAGUGGAGCGGCCCGGCGCGGGUGAUGACACCAGAGCCUGGGGUCCUCCGUUCGUGGGCUCAGAGAGCGCCUAUUUCCUCAGCGUCAACCGGAACAAAAAGAGUAUCGCCGUGGACCUGAAGCAUCCCAGCGGAGCGCAGAUCAUCCGGCAGCUUACAGGAGUGUGUGACGUGCUGAUAGAGAACUACCUACCUGGGAAACUGCAUCAGAUGGGUUUAGGAUACGAGCAGCUCAGCAGCGUGAACCCACAGCUCAUCUACUGCUCCAUAUCAGGUUACGGACAGACCGGUCCUCAGUCUCAGAGUCCUGGCUAUGACUCCAUCGCCUCUGCUGUGUCAGGAAUGAUGCACAUCACCGGGCCGGAGGAUGGCGAGCCGGUGCGUCCAGGUGUUGCUAUGACAGACCUGGCGACGGGGCUGUACGCACACGGAGCCGUAAUGGCUGCCCUGCUGCAGCGACACAGGACGGGGAGAGGAGUUCACAUCGACUGCAACCUGCUGUCCUCACAGGUUUCCUGUCUCAGCCAUAUUGCCGCCAACUAUCUGAACGCAGGGAAGGAGGCGAGGCGCUGGGGGACGGCCCACGAGAGCAUCGUACCUUACCAGGGCUUCAAAACCAAAGAUGGACACAUCGUUGUAGCUGCAGGCAACGACAAACAGUUUGUCCAAGUCUGUCAGGUUUUGGAGCUGAUGCAGCUCACGGAGGAGCCAAAAUACAAAACCAACAAGCUGAGAGUCCAAAACCGCAAACAACUGCUGCACACACUGUCACAGAGGUUUCUGCAGGAGAAGACAGCUGAUUGGCUGAGGAGGUUCGAGGGCUCAGGUGUUCCCGUUGGACCAAUCAACAGCAUCCAGGAAGUCUUCUCUGACCCACAGGUGAAAAACAACGGUCUCAUUCAGGAGAUGAAUCAUCCGACCGCAGGACACAUCGCUGUACCCGGUCCGGCGGUUCGAUUCAGCAGCUUCACCCCCGGUGGACCGACGCCCCCUCCUCUGAUUGGUCAGCACACGGUGCAGGUGCUGCGGGACACCUUGUGCUACAGCGACGACCUUAUUAAAACCCUGCUGGAGUCGAGGGCGGUGGCCCAGAACGACGUGUCCUGAUUGGCUCAGAGAGAAAACAAAUCUAAUGGGAAUCCGUGAAAUUCAUCCAACAUAUUGAUCACAGAAUCAUUCAUUCAGACAGAUUAUCAAGGAUCACCAGAGAUGACAGCUACACAGCUGAGGGGUCGUCUGAGCUUUUGUUCAAACGUCUUCAAAAUACUGAGAAUCACACAACAUUUUAAAUUCUGCUUUAGAGAUGCUGCCCACCGACGAAGACCAAACACAGCUCACACACACACGCACAAAAAACAGUGAGGGAAUUUUUCAGCAUUAUUUCUAAUAUUAAAAACAAUCCUGAAAAAAGAGUGAUGCAAAGUUUCUGCCACGACAUUUUUAUACUAUUGUUAUCAAGUCUGAAGUAUACUAUAAACUGUGAAGAACUCUUCAAGCACCAAAUACCACAACUGUAUGAUGUCUGGAAACUUUAAAUCCUGCUGAAAAACGCUUUAAACAAAUCAUUUCUUCUUAAACUUCUGUUGAGUUUUCUUUUUUUUUUUUUUUGGCUAAAAAAUAACAAUCAGUAAAAACAUAAAACAAAGGGAACAUUGUUAUCCCUUUCUAACGUACAGGUGGAUAAACAGGGUGAUUGUGUUUGACUGGACGCUGAAAUGAGACAAACAAGGAGCAAAUAUUGAGGAAUAAUGUUAUUUAACAGUAUUUGUGACUUAUGUUCAUUACUUACUUAAUACACCUGACUCAAACUUUUUUAAAGCACUCUAUAACUGCUUGUAAAAAAAAAAAAAAAAAUGUAAUGAUUGUUUAUUGCACUCUGGAAAUAAACUGUUUUUAUGGGCAGCUGCUUUUG